UUUAUUCGACUUAUAGCAGAGGAACCGAACGGUAGCGUUCAUUUAAAUACGCAUUUUAUUUUUUUACACAAUCAAGUUUUUACACUAUCCCGAGUAUAUUUUGCAUAACACUUGUAAUUUUGCAAUUUAUAAGUAUAGUGCUAGGAAUUAUCUAACGAAAUUCUUUACAACGGCAACAACAUGGCGGAAGCUACAAGUCAAGAGUUCAACAAGAAGACCUUCCUCGAGCAUUACUGGCAAAAGCAGAAAGAGCUCACCCGCCGACAGCGUCAAUAUAAGACGAUACUAUCGACGAAAUUGAGCACGCGCAAAGAGACGAUCAUGACGCAAAGUUACCAAAACACCAUCGAUCAAUUGAAUUUAGAGAAGGAUACAUUGCGUGCACAAAUUUGGGUUGCCAGCGGCGAAACGCAUCGACGUCAAAGCAAUCGUGCGCUGUCCAAUAUACAGUGUCAUGUGGCGUGUCAGGAGCAUUUAGCCGACGAUAUACGCUAUUAUAAAGAAUCUACAAUGAAUUUGCAACGCGAAAUUAGUCGCGUGAACAAACAAGUCUACGAACUGAAUAGACGCACGGUGCCCGAUACACAGCAUCAAGCGUAUGUGGCUCGCAUGCGCAAGAAACUGGACAUAUUGGAGAAUCAGCUAGAGGUGGGCGUGCGAACCGAGUGCGCUUUCGCGGCGAUUAAUAGCGAAUUGCGCGAAGAUUUGAUAAUGUUGCUGCAACAUCGCACCACUUUCAAUGAAGCCUACACGAAGUUGGUGCAAAAGUUGAACAGCGAUAGAAAAUAUAUAGUGGAUCUGAUCGAAUAUGCUUUAGCCACUUUCGAGAGUUGCAUACACGCCUACGAGAAAAUAAAUAUACUGACGAAGAAAGAUGCGCAGGAUCGUGAAAUGAAAAUGGUCGAAAUGCAGGCGAUCAUGCGGAAUAGAGCGGCCGAAGACGCGAAAUUUGAAUUUUUGGAUUGUAAAGCGCACGAGAGAAUAAUUGAUGACUUGCAACCGAAAGAGUAUCGGCGGCGUGAAAAAUUCAGGCAGAAACAUCGUAAGCGUAUCGACUUGUACAAUACAAUAUUGCAGAAAAUUUUAGAUUACACCAAUUCCACCGACGUCGAUGCGGUCAUUAACAAGUUCCAAGAGCAAGAGAGUCUCUAUUAUUCAUACUUUAAUUACGCCAAUGAAAUGAGCUAUCACAUGACUUUACUAAAUAAUUCCGUUAAUCGGUUGCUUAAUGAAAUUUUCGAACUGAAACAUACGAAUCACAAUACCUUACAGAAUCAACUCGAGACCAUUGAAAAGCUGGAUAACAACUUAAAGGAGAAGCAAAAGCACAACGAUGAGUUACGCGAAGUGCGCGAUAAAAACGAUGAGCGUUUGGAGAAAUUACUACAGGGUAUACAAAUAAUUAAGGAUCAAUCACGUGCCGAUUGCAAGUCGUUCGAAGCAUUGCUGGGUGAUUUCACCAGAGUCAAUCUCUUCAAUAUGCGGCACUUCCUAAAGAUACUGGAAAAGCGCGUACACUCCAUAACGGUGGCACAGUAUGUGCGAGCGACGCGUUAAGAAGCACCGAGCGAAUAUAUUGUUAGGAUGUUGUCAUGCGAUUGUCCGACACCGUUAGAUGAUCGUGCCACCCAACAGUGUCAGUGUGGCGAGGCCGAUGCCACCAACGUCGAUGAUACCGAAGGUGGCGAGGGCAAGAGCUUGAAUACGGUAUUGAAGAAAUUGUACGAGCGUAUCAAUCAACCGGAGAUUCAGUAUCGCUUGCACAGCAAUCAGUGUCGUUUGCCACAUUCGCGUAUACUUGCCGCAAAACGUAAUGGCUAA